CAAAAGUACAGGUGGCAAACCCUAGCCAGCUCUUGCGGCUCGAGUCUGGGGCUGUGCUGUGGCUGGGACGUGGUCGAUUAGGGGAAGUCGAAGAGGCAAACUUCUUGUCCUCAUUCUGACACAAGCUGCGCUCCAUUUCUGCUGUUGUUCCUCUGCUACAGAAGCACUCUUUGCUGCCCCCCGCAGACCUGAAAAGCUGAAGGACAGAACGAUUCAGCGGGUCAGACGACAUUUCUGGGGGCGUGCCAGCACGCAUUGAUGCUUCCAGCAGGAGGGAUCUGCUCGUUGCACUCAGUCCUGUUCCUGGCCAGUCCUUCGUCCUUAUCUUCUGAAGAACAUUUUCAGUCAGCAUUGUCGAAGGUGCGGGUGUAAGCAGAAAAGUCAUUGUCCGCGCAGAAUCGCAUUGCAGAAUCAAAGGCAGGAGCGGGAGUAACUAGAGACGGGACACAAUGAAGCAGUCAAUGGGCCGCCUUACCCGCAGCCGCAGCUGCCUGGCGCAGCAGGAAGAGGCUCACAAGGAGAAUGAGGCGCCAAUGGACACGUCCCCGCCAGCCCCGACCGCAAUGCAGAGCAAGGAGAAUGCAGCCAAGUUGGCUAGGCAGCAAUCGUACAAGAGCCCGACCGACUCCAUGGUGUCCCCCAUCUCCCGCAACCUGCUGUCCCGCAAGCUGUCAAGACCCGGCUCCAUCAAGCUGCCCAUCAAAGUGCUGGAAACUGCUUAUGAGAAUGGAGCCCCUGGACCCAGAUAGGACUGACAGCUCCAAUCAUAGUCGCGCCCGGGUACCGUCAUCUGUGGCAAUACUGCUUACUUCACGGCAUUUAGUCCACCAUCUUGUAGACUAGCUCGCCACUGUAUAAUAUGGGAAUCAGAGCUUAGAUAUGUUCGUAAAGCCAUCACAGGCUUUCUGUCGAGGCUCACACUGGUUCCUGCUUUCUGACUUCUGCGAGCAAACACUGACGAUACUACUGUGCGUGGAUGUCAGAAGACUUGAUAGGACUGAUAACGGGUUAGGUUCAAGCUAACGAUCAUUAUGCACUUAGUUACAAAGUGCAGAGUCUGACGUUAGAAGAAUGAUAAGAUGCGAGUUAGCUGCAUGACUCUUUCUAUCUAAGAAGACGUCUGAGACCUCUCUCGUCUGGUUGUGUUUCGUGAAUUGGUGGAUCGAGCAGAACUCAACUGUACAUUUAAGAAUCUACAGAUCCCAUCUGCUGGC